AGCUGCAUGCCUAUUAUUAGGGCUGCCUUUGUUUACUCUGCGCAAACCAUAAACACCGAGAUUGGUGCAUGAUAUCAGCCCAGUGCAGCUGUACACAUGCAUAGAUAAAGGCUACAUGGCUUGUGCAGACGUCACAGCAUCCCUCAACACUGCUUCCUGGGACCAUCCGCCAUCCCUUUAAUGACGGGGAACCCUGGAAAUACACCGACCACCGUUAUCUCGCAAUUAUGUCCGACGUUCCAGCGAUCAUAAACAUUGCCAUUUCUUUGAAAAUCCAACCCAACGAUGGACCCGUGUUUUACAAAGUGGACGGAACGAGGUUCGGCCAGAGCAGGACAAUCAAAAUGCUAACGGGAUCGAAAUACAAAAUCGAGGUUAUCGUGAAACCGGGUAACGCGGAGGCCACUACAAUGGGGAUUGGUGGAAAAACCUUUCCUUUAGAGCAGCAGUCCAAAGAUGACGAGCAGAUCGUUUACAAUGGAACCUAUGAUACUGAGGGUGUGCCACACACCAAGAGCGGGGACAGGCAACCUGUACAAAUCUCCAUUGAGUUCAAAGAUGCCGGGGUGUUUGAGACAGUAUGGCAGGUGAAAUACUACAACUACUACAAGAGAGAACACUGCCAGUUCGGCAACAGCUUCAACUGCAUCGAGUACGAGGCCAAGCCCAAUGAGACCCGCAGCCUCAUGUGGAUAAACAAGGAGGUCUUCCAGUAAAACACGACCACAGCAGCAAACCUGCACAAUGUCCUGUAACCAUCAUGGGGCCGCUGUGUGUCAGAUAGAUGACUCAAAGUUCCUCCGUGAAAUAAGCUGUGAAUAUUAAAGGCUCCAGACAAGUCAUCCAUCAGGGUAUUUGUUUACUAGUCAUGAUCUGGACAUUUAUGUGUUUCAGUUGUCAGCUAGUGAUGAAAAGAAUCUCUCCUAAUUUGUGUUCCUUGCUAAGCUGGUGAAAAUCUGAAAAAGAUGGAUAUGUACAGGAUUUGGAAUCUGUUUGUAUGAGAAUCCCGACUAGCUCAACCAAUGACAUGAGGUUGGGGCAGGACAAUCUUUUGUCUGACCAAUGGCAAAUGAGGAAAAGUAAAGAAUACCUGCUAGAAAAAAAUAUUUUUGCAACUACGUUUGGUGAAGAUAGUGGCGUAGAGAUGACACACUUGUGAUUUUGAAUGAGGAUUCGAAUUCUCAGCUCUGUCUUGGUCAUUUGCACAACACAUACCUGCUCUAUUAUGGUUACAAAUACAAUGAAGCCUUCUCUCAACAUGACACCAAUGAGAAGGCUUCACUGCAGGUGUGUAUUUAAACCAGUCAUUUGCUGUUUUAGCUUCACAAUGCUUGCUCAGAAAGGUGCUGUAUGAACAUAUACUGGAUAUAUAAGACUCUCUAUAUUAGAAUAAUUUAAUAAUACAAAAGUAAAGACCAGUCCAUUUAAUAAUGCAUUUUUUUGGGACCAGCAUUGAUAAAACAAUUAUUUAUUUGUGACAGUCGUGUAUGUUUCUCUAUGGACUGUGAGUGGAUGUUUAGUUACUUCUCUUUUGUUACUGUUGUUUACUACUUAUACCACUGUUUAUGUUGCCUAAAUCUUCACAGCCCAUAUCGACAGGAAGUAUUAGUUCACAGGAAAGAGAUACAAGUGAAACAGCUUACAACUUUGUGCAUAUUUUUACAACUUUCUACUUAAUUUAAUGGCUAUUUUCUCUUGAUUCUCAUAAUUGUUUGUUUGCGUGCGGUGCAUGUUGUUGAAUGGUGUAUGUUGCUGAAUAUCAGUUACGAUUUUUGUGUUACUUUGAGCCAAAAUUUUGAUGUUUUGUAAGAAUAUAAACAAUCUUGUUGCUUGAAAUUCUGUUCUGUUUGAAUGACUACAUUACAGAUAUGACAAUACCAGCCAAGAAAAGACAAAAGAAUAAGGAAAGAAUAAAAUAACUCAGAUAUGCAAUAAAUAGAC